AAAGGGGAAAAAGGAAAAGAAAAACCAGAGGUUGUCAUGCUGAAAGUUGAGAGAGACAGCAGAAGGGAAUUGAGAAGGAGGGUUCAAGGGAGGGUUUUUAAUUUUAGGUUCACCAACUGUUAGUUAAGAGAUAGAACUCCUUAACCAAACAUAUCUUCAACAACACCCAAACAAGAGGAAGAUGAAGAAAUAGUAAGAAUUUUCAAAGAAACAAAAGUAUUACAACUUCUGGGUUUCAAAGCAAACAACCUCUGGAAGCUAUCAUGGUAUAUAGGCCAUAGGGUUCAAAGUUUUAAGUAUGUAUGUGUGAAUCUCUCACGUGGUGCUUGAAUGGAAAUGAUGGAUGGAUAACAUAUGAUUGGUAAUAAAAGGAGCAAACAAAAAAAGGUGAUAUAAUUCGUUUAUUGCUGACUUAUUAUUUGGAGCAACAAACACCAAAGAAUUUUUCUUUUUUGAAGUGUUGGGUUUCUUAAGGAUUUGUUUCAGCUGAUCGGGUGGUGUCUUUGAGAUUUCUUUGUUCCCCAUACCUCAAACGACUGUUACUGGUUUCCAGUUCGUUUCGUGACUGUACGGGAGCAAGGAAAUUUUCAAGACGGAGAAAUAUGGCUGCUUAUUACUCUGGUUCCGAGGAUCAAAGAGAUACGGCGCCGAUGAUCUAUUUAAGAGAAUCGAUGCCGGGUUCGUAUGUUGAGGGACCGGCUCUUCCUGGUAAUACAAUGUUGUAUAUGAGUUCCGGGUCCUUUUCUGGUGCAUUUGCUGGGAAUUCUCAGCAGCAAAACAACUGCAUCGAGAUUCCGGCUGUGGAAGCUUCAGUUUGGACUUCACAGCAUCAAGGGAUCUUGUCUAACCUUGGUGGCUUUCAAUUCGGGGAGCACGGAUUUGGUGCUUGGAGGGAUGGUAGAAAUGAAAUGCUGGCUAUGCAGCCACUGGCUGGUAGUACUUCCAGCAUCAUUCACAGUGGUCAAGGAUUAUCCUUAAGCCUUGGUACCCAAAUCCCCUCUGGAAUUCAUAUCCCUUAUCGAAAUCCCGGUUUGGGUUUUUCCGGUGGUAAUCAAGAUUCAAAUAAAGGGGGAUUGUCUGCAUAUGGAAUGUCAAGUGUGACAAGAGCUAUUCCUGAUUCCAAGUUUCUCAAGGCUGCACAACAACUGCUUGAUGAAGUUGUUAAUGUUCAAAAGGCUCUAGAGCCUCCUGAUGGAGGGAAAAAUCGAAACUCACAAGAUAAUCGGAUGAAGAAUUCCGAGGAAGAUGAUGGGGGAUCAAAGAAUUUUCCCGCAAACCAGCAAGAAUCCUCCAAGAACUCUCCAAGAGAGCUGUCACAUGCUGAAAGACAAGAAUUACAAAGCAAGUUAACAAAGUUGCUGUCCAUGUUUGAUGAGGUCGAUCGGAGGUAUAAACAGUAUUAUCAUCAGAUGCAGAUUGUUGUAUCAUCAUUUGAUGCGGUAGCAGGGUGUGGAGCUGCUAAGCCUUACACUACGCUUGCGUCACAGACUAUAUCACGCCAUUUUCGGUGCCUGCAAGAUGCAAUUAAUGGGCAAAUUCAGUCAACACGUACAAGUCUCGGAGAACAUGAUACUUCAGAAAACAGUAAAGAAGUAAGGAUUACUCGUCUGCGUUAUGUGGACCAGCAGCUGAGGCAACAGAGAGCUCUUCAGCAGUUUGGUAUGAUGCAACAACAUGCAUGGAGGCCACAGAGAGGGCUCCCCGAAAGCUCCGUUUCAAUACUUCGUGCGUGGCUGUUUGAGCAUUUUCUAAAUCCCUACCCGAAGGAUUCUGAUAAGAUCAUGCUAGCAAGACAGACAGGCUUGACUAGAAGUCAGGUUUCGAAUUGGUUCAUAAAUGCCCGGGUGCGCCUAUGGAAGCCUAUGGUCGAAGAGAUGCACAAGGAAGAAUUUGCGGACGCAGAAAUGGACUCUAAUUCUUCAUCUGAUAAUGCGGUCAAAGCAACAAAAGGUGAUACAAUGACCUCCGAGGACAGAGGUGAAGAUCUGCAACAAAGUGGGAGUUCAUCAGCAAUAGAGAGAUGUAGCAACGGGCAGCUGAUGGAUUUGAAAUCCAACAAUGUAGAUAUUUCAGGAUCAACUACUGAAGCUGGUUUCCUGAAAGUCAUAUAUGGAGAAGCUGAAACCGAAUAUGUGUUACAGAAGCUAAAGGAGGAGCAGAGGCUUACUAUGGGCAUAUCUAACAUUCCCGAUUCAAGUGUUCAUCUAGAUGGCGGUAGCCACCGGUUUAUGGCAGCCACUGCUUACAAUGUGUCGGAGUUGGGGAGGUUUGACAGUGGAAAUGGUGUAUCUCUCACUUUGGGAUUGCAGCAUUACGAGGAUGGUAGCAUAAGUAUGCCGGGUGGAAGCAAUCAUCAAAAUUUCGUUGCAAUGAGAGGUGAUGAAAUGUACAAUCCUAUAACAACUUCCGUAGCAGCCGAAACAGCUGAUUUCGAAUGCAUAAACCCAGGCAAUCAACAACAGGGGUUCAGUUCCUCUCAGUUGUUACAUGAUUUUGUAGCAUGAAAUGUACUCGACUGCUGUUUAAACUUGCAUUAAUCAUUCUUAUGGAGAGGAACCGUUAAGCACCAGAAGCAGAGACAAACUCUCAGCUCCGUUAGAAAUUGAUUGGUGAUUCUGCAUAUUUGUAAAGAUAUAUGAUUUUUUGUUAAUAAGGUGAAAGGGAAGAUUUGUAUAAAUUAGUGCAACUUCAGGGAUAAAUAUAUAUAAUUAAUAUAUAUAUGUUUUGAAAUA